AUGACGAUAAAUGGGGUUCUGGGGGAAUCAAUAAGUCUUCCCCUGAUGCUUCCUGUAGAAGAGAAGAUUGAAUCCAUCAUUUGGCAACACGAAAAAACACCUCUCACUUUCUCACAGCCAUAUAAAACCAUUUGUCUGGAAUUCUUUGUGACUUUCCCAGAAAGGAAAGAACAGCUGAAUGUUACCCGAGACUGCUCCUUACAACUCACCAACCUGAUGAUGAACGACAGAGGAUCUUACCGUGCCCAGGUCGCCUCAAAUUCUUCUAAAACAUACUACUACAUGUUGAAUAUUUUUGAACGACUGCAGAAAGUAAACAUUGCCUAUAACUUUACACUGUCUGAGAAUGAGACCUGUGAGAUCCAGAUGUUCUGCUCUGUGGAGAAUCCAAAUGGCAACGUCUUAUUCAUAUGGCAGCCCUCAAGACAGAUGGGUCCAAACCUUACCAUCUCCUGGGACCCUAAGAAUUCCAGAAAGCAGAACUAUACCUGCAUAGCUGAGAAUCCUGUCAGCAAUUCAUCCUUCUCCAUCACUACUGAAAGAUUCUGUAAAGGUGUCUUCCAUCCCUCUGUUUCACAAACCGAGUGUUCUGGUGAGCUUCCAGAUGUCUUACUUCCAAUCAUAAAGCAGAUAGGAAAAGGUUGGAAGAGGAAAGGGGCUGGCCAGAGGAUGGAGGGAUGUGACAGAAGGGAUUAUGAUGUGAUCUCUCAGGCUGAGUAUUACACACAGAAUGCUGGAGGAGAUGAUUUGCAACUGAAUGUUUAUCCCUUCUUGGACCUACAGUGUUCCCCAUAG